AUGGCGAGGAUACGACACUCGAUGAACAAGAUGCCCAGGUAUGGACUGGACUCCCGCGAGAGCUGGCUCACGGCAGCUCUGUGCGGACUGCUCUUGCUUCUCUGCUUUUCCACGAUCGGCGUGAGCGGCGUGUUCUUCUACGGCAUCGUGGAAACCUUCGGCACCACAAGGCAGGAGGCAUCCUGGCCCGUCACUCUGAACUGCGGUCUGGUGCUUCUGGCAGGAACUACGCUGUCGGGCUUCUACGUAAGUGCCAACGUUCUGGUCGCUCAGCACUUCGAGAAGCGAAGAGUGACAGCGUCCAGCCUGGCGUACACCACCGGCGGCUUUUACAGUGUCGUCUUCCCCGCGCUCGCCGAACUAUUCCGUAACACCUACGGCACUCGCGGUGCGUUUCUCCUGUACGGGGCCGUUCUCAUGAACGCCGUUCCUCUGUCGAUCAUGCUGAGGAGCUCGCCUUCCAAGUCGGUUCAGCCUGGCAAAGACGAAGUCGAAAUUCUUCAUCCGAGGCAAUGCCGUGGGCCGUUUUGCGCCGUUCGUGAGUGUACUACGGUUACGAGCAGCUUAGGCCUAAACCACAGCGUGGAACAGAUACGUUUCGACGGCGAGAGCUCGGAGGCGGAAUCGGACGACGUAGUGUGCGUGACGAGGCCUAGAGCCGGGAGUUUCGAAGCACGUCCAACGGGCGACAAGGCGCCGGGGGUCUUCGAAGACGCGAGACGUGCCAUCCGGCCAUUCCUCACCAGCGCGUUCUGGAUAACCACUCUAUCAUUCUCAGUAAUAAGCGCAGCCGUGUUUCUAUUCGUGAUGAUUUCGGUAGACCUGGCGACGGACCGAGGUGUGUCAACCGUGGACGCCACGCACAUUCUGCAAGUGUUCUCCGUAACCGACAUCGCAAUGCGACCUCUAACGGGUCUUGCCGUGGACUUCAAGUUCAUCUCUCUAGAGGCGGUCAUGAUUCUCGGAUUCCUGCUGCAAAGUGCCGCGUUCGAGCUGCUCGCGUGGUACGGUUCGUUCCACAUGAUGGUGCUAGCGUCGGCGCUGAUGGGUGUUACGUGUGGAUCCAGGAUCCCGCUUCAAGCCCCGUUUCUAGCCAAAGACUUCGGCGUGGAAAAGAUCCCCGUCCUGAUGGGAGUAUCGUCGUUCUGCAUGGGCGUGGUGUCGCUGCUUCGGCCCCCGUUCGUCGGUUAUUUUCGUGACACAACAGGCUCCUACACGGGACUUCUUCACGCCGUGGCGAUCGUCAACGCCAUUCUUGUCGCUGUCUGGGCUGUCAGACUUCUGCAAACGCGAAGAAAGCGGCGUUGCUUGUGA